CUCACAAUUGGCAUAAGAAAAGUAUAUUUUGGGAGCUACCUUACUGGAAAGAUCUUCUUUUACGCCACAACCUGGAUGUGAUGCAUAUAGAGAAGAACUUUUUUGACAACAUCAUGAAUACAAUACUGAACGUCCCAGGGAAGACAAAAGAUAACAAAAAGUCAAGGAUGGACUUACCCGAUAUUUGCUCAAGAAGUGAGUUACAUAUCAAGAGCAAUGGAAAUGUUCCUGUUCCCAUCUUUCGAUUGUCAUCAGAAGCGAAGUCAACUUUGUUUGACUGGGUUGCAUCAGAAGUGAAGUUUCCUGAUGGUUACGUUUCAAAUCUGUCAAGAUGUGUUGAACGAGGUCAAAAGUUCUCAGGAAUGAAGAGUCAUGAUUGUCAUGUGUUUAUGCAACGACUACUUCCAUUCGCUUUUGCUGAGCUCCUUCCAACAAAUGUACAUGAAGCACUUGCAGCGAUCGGAGCUUUCUUCAGAGACCUUAGCACACGUACGUUCAAGGAAGAAGUCAUCGAACAACUUCAUGAGAACAUCCCGAUCAUAGUGUGCAACCUAGAGAAGAUAUUUCCUCCAUCAUUUUUGACGUCAUGGAACAUCUAGUUGUCCACCUCCCGUACGAAGCAUUACUUCGCGGACCUGUUCACAAUGGAUGGAUGUAUCCAUAUGAGCGCUCUAUGAAACAUUUGAAGGGGAAAGCAAGAAAUCUUGCAAAGGUGGAAGGUUCGAUUGUGGCUGGAAGUUUGACAGCAGAAACAUCUAACUUCACAUCAUACUACUUUGCUUCAACGGUUCGUACGAGGAAAAGAGUUCCUAGAAGAUAUGAUGAUGGUGGAGUACCGCAAUCUUAUGCAGUAGACGGUGUUCCUGACAUUUUCUGCCAAAUUGGACGGUUUGGUGGUAAACUGAGAGAAGUAUGGUGGUCCAGUGAUGAGGAUAAGCAUAGUGCCCACACUUAUAUUCUGCUCAACUGCGAGGAUGCUG